UAAUACAAUACGUAAACAACUUUUACAAAUCUACUAUUGAGAUUAUCAAACAUAAACUUGAAUGCCAAGGGAACCGAAAUGUAUCAUCUGAUAUUAAUGACAUGUGCAUAAUAAUACAAAAUAUUUUCCUGCAGUUCGAAACUGAACAUAAAACAUUGCAGUACUUUAUAAAACACGGGUAUCUUAUUAUGCCACAAUCUAUUAAUAUUGCUGCAACAUUAUGUUCAAAACGUAGAAAAAUGUGUACAAGUAUAGGUAUACGUAAUAGAACUGUACAAGUUAUUCCUUUAAGACAGCUUUUAAUACAAUUUUUGGAAUUAUCAAACGUUUUUGACACGAUAACUAAAGAGAUAUAUGAAAAAAGACAUAACGACAUAUUAAGUUCUGUUCUUCAUGGCGAACCUCUCUUAUUAUAUUUUGAUGAUUUCGAGAUUAACAAUCCUCUUGGAUCCCACAGUGGAAUACAUAAAAUUGGUGUUGUAUAUUGCACUAUUCCAUGUAUUCCAAGUGAAUACUUCAGUAUUCUUGAAAAUAUCUUUUUGCUUCAAAUACACAAUGCGAAAGAUCAUUCACAGUUAGGAAAUAAAAAUACAUUUUUUAACAUAAUAAAUCAAAUUCAAGAUUUGGAAACCAAUGGUUUACUUAUAAACAUUCAUGGUAGACAACAGACA